ACAAGAACAAUACUUCUAAUCGUGUUGAUCAUACUACAAUAUUAAAAAAAGAAGUAAGUAACAGUCAGCUCAGUGACUCCACCCACCUUUGAAGUAUAUUUAUACCAUGUUUAGCCAGUGAGAGCUCACUGAUCGUCUUCAUCAUGACCAUCAUCAUCUCUCUGCUCCUGUUGGCCUCUCUGCUGCCACACCUGACCUUCACUGCUCAUGUGAAUGUGGGUAUAGUGAAUGGCAGUGAAGCCAGACCCCACUCCAGACCUUACAUGGUUUCUCUUCAGACAUAUGGGCACCAUAUCUGUGGUGGAUUCCUCAUUUCUGAUCAGUUUGUCCUGACUGCCGCACAUUGCUGGAACGGAUAUGAUAUUCUGAUGGUUGUUGUUGGUGCUCAUGACUUAAGGGACAGCAAGAGUUCAGAUCACAUCAGAGUGAAGUCCUACAUCCCUCAUCCAAACUAUAAAUCCAAUCCUUAUCGAAUUGAUGCUGACAUCAUGCUUUUGAAGCUAGAGAAAAAAGUCAAUCUAAACAACAAGGUUGGAGUGAUACCAUUACCAAAUGAAGGAAAAGACGUCAAACCAGAGGCUGCCUGUAGUGUCACCGGCUGGGGAAGACUGAUGACUGAUGGCUCAGUGAGCAAUGUUCUAAUGGAGGCAAAAGUGUCUGUAAUUAAUAACACAGAAUGUAGAAAUAGAUGGGGACCAUCAUUCUCAGUCUCACAGAUGAUCUGUGUAUAUGGACGUGGUGGAACCUGCUUUGGGGAUUCAGGAGGUCCUUUGGUUUGUGGAAACACUGCUGUUGGUAUCACAUCUUUCGGUCAACCUGGUCAAUGUAAUUCACCUGAGCGUCCUAAUGUGUAUACUAAGAUUUCAGCAUAUAUUCAAUGGAUCCGUACAGUAAUUGGAAAUGUAUAAUGACUUCAUGGAAACUAAAGAAGGAAGAAAUGUUAUUCUUGAAUUCUUCCAUAAACCUUCUUUCAAUAAAAGUAUCAAAUGGCAAGCAUCAAUUAUAGUCAAAGUGUUCUCAU